AUGGCUCAAGGUGCGAUCAAGACAAAGUCUAAGCCCGUGGUGCCGAAGAAGAAGCAGCAGACAAGACCUGGCGCACGUGUAGUCAAGCCGAAGAAGGCUUCGCUCAUUCAGCAGAACAAGAUCAAGCACAAGAGCUCUUCCGGCCUUAUUGGACAGACCGAGAAACUCAUGGCAGAGAAGGCUGGGCAUCUCGAGUUGCUGAAGGGCGGAAAGAAGGACAAGAAGGAGGCGAAGAAGACGAAAUGA